GGAGGCCGGUGGUGUGAUUCUGUCAUGCCAUUUAAAAAGCCUUAGUGUGAUUUAAUCAGUGAUGUUUUGCAGCCUUUUUUGCAAAUGAAUUUACGGCAUGCCAGCAUUGCAAAGCAGUUGCGUUUAGUCUAGAAUCAUUUUAAUCAUGGAUCCGCCGAAGCUGAUUUUGCUGUUCAGCGGCAAGCGAAAAUCCGGAAAGGAUUUUGUUACCAGCAUAAUUCAACAAAGAUUGGGGUCCAGUGUGUGUGCCAUUCUCAGACUGUCCGGUCCUUUGAAAGAACAGUAUGCGAAGGAGCAUGGCCUGGAUUUCCGAAGGCUCCUGGACGCCAGCGGAUACAAGGAGAAGUUCCGGGAGGACAUGAUCCGCUGGGGGGAGGAGAAGAGGAAUGCCGAUCCUGGAUAUUUCUGCCGGCUGAUUGUCCGGGAUGUUCCCCAGCCGGUGUGGAUCGUGAGUGAUGCUCGCCGGGGGUCCGACGUGGAGUGGUUCCGGUGCCGGUACCAGCUGCAGACCCGCACUGUGAGGGUCCAGGCCAGCGAAGAGUCCAGGAGAGAGCGUGGCUGGGUGUACACUGCAGGAAUCGAUGAUGCGGAGUCGGAGUGUGGUCUGGACCAGGGCGUGGCUUUCGAUUGGACGAUCAGCAACGACAGUGACGGGCCGCUGUUGGAGGAGCAGCUGGAGAGGGUUCUGAGGGGCGUUCAGGACUGCCUGCAGCUCUGACACGGGGCCACAAGGGGGCAGUGCAGCGCCAAUAGAAAACCCAAUAGGGAGUUCAGUAAUUCUGGACUGACUGGGCUGAUCCCAGACAGCUCUGCAGCUGCUGUGAUGAGUUUUGCAUCACCAAGAAUUUUAGGAUUGAGACACUAAAAAAAAAAAAAAAAAAAAAAUGAACAUAAUUUAGAUCUUUUAUUUAUCAUGUAAUCAAAGAAACUACAAAGUGAUGUUAAAAAAAUAAAUAAAAAAGUCUACCCCUAGGAAGCCAUAAUAGCAGUACAGUAUUUCAUGUUAGAUUUCCAAAUGUCACGUUUUUCCAUUUCAGUUCAGUAUAUGGAAAACUAUACAAAGCGCUGGGUGUGUAAUUCAAUAUGUUAACAAGGGAACAUUAUUCAGCAGCUUUCAUUGGACUCUAUGAAGCUGAGGGAGUUCAUUCUAUAUAGAGGGGGUGGAAUUCAAUAUGUUAACAAGGGAACAUUAUUCAGCAGCUUUCAUUGGACUCUAUGAAGCUGAGGGAGUUCAUUCUAUAUAGAGGGUGUGUAAUUCAAUAUGUUAACAAGGGAACAUUAUUCAGCAGCUUUCAUUGGACUCUAUGAAGCUGAGGGAGUUCGUUCUAUAUAGAGGGGGUGGAAUUCAAUAUGUUAACAAGGGAACAUUAUUCAGCAGCUUUCAUUGGACUCUAUGAAGCUGAGGGAGUUCAUUCUAUAGGGGGGUGCCACACUUUUGGCCAGAGCUGGAGAUCUAAAUUAGAUUUCACCCCUUCAUGCAUGAAGUAUUGAAAAAUAACUGGAAAAAAAAAACCUACUUUUGAAGAUGUAAUUAAUAAAUAUAUUUUGCUAUAAAAAA